CAGGCCUGACAGCUGAGGUGGGAGGAUGUCGGAGGUGCGAAGGGACAGCACGAGCAGCCUGCAGCGCAAGAAGCCGCCCUGGCUGAAGCUGGACAUCCCUGUGCCCGUGGGGGCAGCCGAGGAGCCCGCCUUGCCACAGCCCUUGAAGCGCCAGGCCUUCCUGCGGAGCGUCAGCAUGCCCACCGAGAACACCCGCUUCUCCUCCCCCCUGAACGAGUUUCGGCGGCCGGGGCUCCAGCGACAGACCUCCAUCACGCAGACCAUCCGAAGGCAAGUACGCUUUGGGAGGAGUCAGACUUUGCCCCUUCGCGGGCACCAGGUGGGCAGGAGGCUCCUGAGAAAACGCCAGUCCUUGCCCCGAAUGCUCUUCAGGGGCACCGCGGACUGGUUUGGUAUCAGCAAGGAGAACGAUGCCCUGCAGAAGUGGCAGCGCAAAAGCAUGCGGCACUGCAGCCUGCGCUACGGGAAGCUGAAGCCCCAGGUCAUCCGGGAGAUGGACCUUCCCAGCCAGGACAACAUCUCCUUGGCCAGCACAGAGACCCCCCCUCCUCUCUACGUGCCCCCCUGCCAGCUGGGCAUGCAGCGGAUCAUUGACCCCUUGGCCCGGGGACGGGCCUUCCGGAUGCCUGAAGACGCAGACGGCUACAGCAUCCCUCACACGCCCAUCACGCCUGGGGCCGCCUCGCUCUGCUCCUUCACCAGCUCCCGGUCUGGCUUCAGCCGCUGGCCUCGCAGGCGGAAGAGGGAGUCCGUCGCCAAGAUGAGCUUCCGGGCGGCAGCGGCUCUGGUGAAGGGCCGUUCUGUGAAAGACAGCACCCUCCGGGCCGCCCAGCGGCGCAGCUUCACCCCAGCCAGCUUCCUGGAAGAGGACACGGGGGACUUCCCGGACGAGCUGGACACCUCCUUCUUUGCCCGGGAAGGAGUCCUCCAGGAAGAGCUCUCCACCUACCCAGACGAAGUCUUUGAGUCCCCCUCGGAAGCAGCCAUCCGGGAUGCUGACUUGAAAGCCCCCCUGCCGCCAGAGCAGCCUGGGCUCACGGGGGGGGCCCUCGACCGCCUGGAGCUGGAGAGGAGCCACCUGAUGCUGCCGCUGGAGCGUGGCUGGCGGAAGCAGAAGGAGGGCUCCGUGCUCCAGCCCAAGGUUCGCCUGUGCCAGGAGGUGGUGAGCCAGGGCCUGCAGCGGCGUGGCCAGCGCAUCACCGUGCCCGUGCGGAAGCUCUUUGCCAAAGAGAAGCGUCCCUACGGGCUGGGCAUGGUGGGCCGCCUGACCAACCGCACCUACCGCAAGCGCAUCGACAGCUACGUCAAGCGGCAGAUCGAGGAGAUGGACGACCACCGGCCCUUCUUCACUUACUGGGUCACCUUUGUGCAUUCGCUCAUCACCAUCUUGGCCGUGUCCAUCUACGGCAUCGCCCCCGUGGGCUUCUCCCAGCACGAGACGGUGGACUCGGUCUUGAGGAACAGGGGCGUCUAUGAAAAUGUGAAGUACGUUCAGCAGGAGAACUUCUGGAUUGGUCCCAGCUCGGAAGCCCUGAUCCACUUGGGGGCCAAGUUCUCCCCCUGCAUGCGGCAGGAUCAGCAGGUGCACAGCUUCAUCAGUGCCGCCCGCCAGAAGGAGAAGCACUCGGCUUGCUGCGUGCGCAACGACAAGUCCGGCUGUGUGCAGACCUCCGAGGAGGAGUGCUCAUCCACCUUGGCCGUGUGGGUGAAAUGGCCACAGCACUCCAGCGCCCCCCUGCUGGCAGGAGAGAAGCGGCAGUUUGGCUCCGUCUGCCAUCAAGAUCCCCGGGUGUGUGAGCAGCCGGCCUCCAUGGAGCCCCACAAGUGGCCUGACGACAUCACCAAGUGGCCGAUCUGCACCAAGAACAGUGCUGGGAACCACACCAACCACCUGCAUAUGGACUGCAUGAUCACCGGGCGCCCCUGCUGCAUUGGCACCAAGGGCAGGUGUGAGAUCACCUCCCGCGAGUACUGCACCUUCAUGCACGGCUACUUCCACGAGGAGGCCACCCUCUGCUCCCAGGUACACUGCAUGGAUGACGUUUGCGGGCUCUUGCCCUUUCUCAACCCAGAGGUCCCCGACCAGGUUUACCGCCUCUGGCUCUCCCUCUUCCUUCACGCAGGCAGGGUCCUGCACUGCCUGGUGUCCGUGUGCUUCCAGAUGACCAUCUUGCGAGACCUGGAGAAGCUGGCCGGCUGGCACCGCAUCGCCAUCAUCUACCUGCUGAGUGGCAUCACGGGCAACCUGGCCAGUGCCAUCUUCCUGCCCUACCGGGCCGAGGUUGGCCCAGCCGGCUCCCAGUUUGGCAUCCUGGCCUGCCUUUUUGUGGAGCUCUUCCAGAGCUGGCAGAUCCUGGCCCGGCCGUGGCGGGCCUUCGUCAAGCUGCUGACAGUGGUGCUCUUCCUCUUUGCCUUCGGCCUCUUGCCCUGGAUCGACAACUUUGCCCACGUCUGCGGCUUCAUCAGCGGCCUCUUCCUCUCCUUCGCCUUCCUGCCUUACAUCAGCUUUGGCAAGUUCGACUUGUACCGAAAGCGGUGCCAGAUCAUCGUCUUCCAGCUGGUCUUUGUCGGCCUCUUCUCUGGCCUGGUGGUUCUCUUCUACUUCUACCCCAUCCGCUGCGAAUGGUGUGAGUUUCUCACCUGCAUCCCCUUCACAGACAAGUUCUGCGAGAAGUAUGACCUGGAUGCCCAGCUCCACUGAGCCUUUGCCGCAGAAGGCCCUUCCCAGCCCCCCUCCCAAGCUGCCUUAGCUGUCAAGACUGGACUGUGUGCUGCAUACAGAAAGACAUCUGUGCCUUGUUCGAUUUUGCAGGACCUUUUUCUGAACCUUCCGUUUUUAUUGUGCUAGUUUCCAAAUGGCCUUUUUAACAAGAUUUAAUGUGUUGCCCAGGUGGUAAUUAAAACAUUACAGGUAGCGUUUUAGCUACAUUUCUAAAA